UUUUUUGUUUUUGAAAAUAAUAAAAAAGAUGACAACUUUAGAGAGUGAAAAUUCUUCGAAAAUCUAUUUUACUGAACAGACAAAAAUGUCAUUAAAUUUGAUUGAAUUGCGUUUGGAUAAUCAUCUAAAACGUAUUAUGAAAGAAUAUCGUUUGUCAAAUUUAUCGAAUGCAAUCAAAAAAUUAUCAUUAGAAACCAGAAUUUGUGAAAAAUUAUUAGAAAUAAUGAAUUCUUGUCAUGAUUUUAUUUAUCGUAAAAUGCCAGCGAUUAAAGCGGCAAAAAAUACUGUAACUCAACUACGUCAGGAUCAUGUGUCACAAGCAAUAAUAUCGAAAGAAAUGUUGAAACAAAUCAAACAAAUAUCGGUGACAACCGAACAAAUAAUAUGGGCUUUAAAUUCGAAUAAAGAACAUCUAAGUUAUAUUGCACGAGUGUACACUAUACCCCAACAAUAUUGCCAUAAUGCUAUUGAUGAUGAUGACGAUAAGGCGCACGAUAAUGAUAAUGAUAUUGGUGGAAAUGAAAAUAAUUUGAAUUCUCCCAAUUCGAUUAACAUGCGAAAACAAUUGAUCACAGUUAUUGAUCAAUGUCAAUUAGUUAUUGAUAUUUGUCGUUUGAUACGUUUGGCCAUAACAUCCUUGAUAAAAAAUAUGUUGGCUAAAGAUUGUUUGCCAAUUAUCAACAACAACAACGACAACCACCAGUCAUUGAAAUCAUUGAUGGCGGCCAUGAAUCAGCCAUCAACCACUACACAGGUGUUUCCUGUUCAAUUGAAUUGAAAGAUUUUGUUUUUGUUUUCGAAGAAGUGUUAUGUGAGAUGAGAUGUGAAAUGAGAAGAAGUGAUGUACUUGUAACGUUCAAACACAGCUCAUUGAAAACAAUUAAAAGGAUUUUUAUCAUU